AUGGUUUUUCCGGUUAAGAAGAUGACUUCUGCGAUUUCCGGUGUCUUCAGCCGCAAGAAAACUCUUGCAGAAGAAGAAGAGCUUUUGGGAAAGCGCAAGAGUUCGACUCAAGAUACUCUCUUCUUGGGGCAAAGACUGAAGACGAGAAAACGAAAAAGAAGAAGAAGAAAAAACUUGAGUGAGGGUAGUGGAGAAGAGGAGCUGUGCAAGAAGAGGAUACUAAUGGGUGAAAGAUGCAAACCGAUUAACCGGUCAGGGAUUUUGCAGUAUGCUGGUGAUGGGAUCCUCUUACCCGAGCCAUGA